UCUCUCUCUCCUUCCUUCUCGUUGCAAUAUAUGUUGAUGUAACACUAUCGAUCUCACUCUUCAAUUUCACAUCUCCUUCUCCUUCUCCUUCUCAGGCAUAUACACGAUAUGGAUACCUUCCUCUUCACCUCAGAAUCUGUAAACGAAGGCCACCCUGACAAGAUCUGUGAUCAGGUUUCUGAUGCCAUUCUCGAUGCUUGCUUGGAGCAAGACCCACAGAGCAAGGUUGCUUGCGAGACCUGUACAAAAACCAACAUGGUUAUGGUCUUUGGUGAGAUCACAACCAAGGCCAAGGUGAACUAUGAGAAAAUAGUUCGUGACACUUGCCGAGGCAUUGGGUUCGUGUCAGCCGAAGUUGGUCUUGAUGCUGACAAAUGCAAUGUUCUGGUCAACAUUGAGCAGCAGAGCCCUGAUAUUGCCCAGGGAGUUCACGGUCAUAUGACCAAAAAGCCUGAGGAAAUUGGAGCCGGUGACCAAGGCCACAUGUUUGGCUAUGCCACAGACGAAACACCUGAACUCAUGCCACUCACUCAUGUACUUGCUACCAAAAUUGGUGCCAAGCUCACUGAAGUAAGAAAGAACAAGACAUGCCCGUGGCUGAGGCCUGAUGGUAAAACCCAAGUGACUGUUGAGUACAGGAAUGACAAUGGGGCAAUGGUCCCUGUCCGCGUGCAUACAGUCCUCAUCUCAACCCAACAUGAUGAAACUGUCACCAAUGAGCAAAUUGGCAAAGAUUUGAAAGAGCAUGUGAUAAAGCCUGUGGUCCCAGCUGAAUACCUUGAUGACAAGACCAUCUUCCACCUCAACCCUUCAGGUCGGUUUGUGAUUGGAGGACCCCAUGGAGAUGCAGGACUCACUGGAAGGAAGAUCAUCAUUGAUACCUAUGGUGGGUGGGGUGCUCAUGGUGGAGGUGCCUUCUCGGGCAAGGAUCCAACCAAGGUCGAUAGAAGUGGAGCAUACAUUGUUAGGCAAGCGGCAAAGAGUGUGGUAGCUUCAGGGCUUGCACGUCGUUGUCUCGUGCAGGUUUCUUAUGCAAUUGGAGUGCCUGAACCCUUGUCUGUGUUUGUGGAUUCAUACAAAACGGGGAAGAUUCCGGAUAAGGAUAUUCUGGCUUUGAUUAAGGAGAAUUUUGACUUCAGGCCUGGAAUGAUUGCUAUCAACCUUGACCUCAUGAGAGGUGGCAACUUCAGGUACCAGAAGACUGCUGCUUAUGGGCAUUUUGGACGAGAUGAUCCUGAUUUUACAUGGGAGACCGUGAAGAUGAUCAAGCCCAGUGCUUGAUUGAUCGGCCUUGGUGUUCUUAAGGUGGUUAUCAUCAUAAUCAUCUUUCCGAUUUUGGGUUACGAAAAAUAAUAAUAAAGGAGCUUCGGUGAGUAAAUACUUCAUUUAAGAUGUGUUUUUUCAGCUUGGAGGAGAAUGACAGCAGAAAUGCGUUGUCCUAAGUGGAGGCGUUCGCACAAUAGGAGCGUGCAGCAUUAUACAUAUUUCGAUUUUUUGUUUUCUCUAAAUUUCUUUGUUGUUUCCCUUAUUUUUUUCUCCCCUUUCUGAUGUUACCCUGCAGCCAAUCUUGUGUGGUUGGGGUAAAGUUAGAAUGUCAUUUAUUUGAUUCUUUAUUGUCACUUUUGUUUUAUUAUUGUUCGCCAUCGCAAAGAUUUAAGCAAUUUUUUCUAAUUUA